AUGGUGGAACCUUACGAGACACGCAACAACGGAGAAGCAUUUCAGAUGGUCAGAUAUCAGGGUUAUAAUAACCAUCACAAUUCCAUGAUUUCGUCGUCAUCAUCAACAACGGCAUCAUUGUCCUCUCCAUUGCUGGAUUUGAGAGUGUUCUAUGUCAGAAUCAGCAAUUUCAAGGUGGAUGAUUCGACACCUGAGGUCCUCACCAUCACUCAUAUACCUCUGGAUCCAGAUUCUCUUCUGGAGAUAAACGGUGUUAGGAUGAGCCUUUACUCUGAAGGGGUUGCUUCUCAGCUAAGGCGAGAUCGGGUUGAUAAGAAAUCGGAAGUCGCUACUUUUAUCAGCACCGAUAAUCUCAGGUUAUCCGGUAGUGUCAAGUUUGAGGUAUAUGACAAAGACGAGCUGGUUUUGUCCGGAACGCUUGAGAUGUCCGGUAGUAAUGGUUUCACUGGGGAGUCUAAGCAUAGCGUGAAGCGGUGGAACAUGAACUGUGAAGCAGAGAUCACUGCAGGGUCUGGUUUCUUGAAGGAGAAACAUAUUGGUUGUUCGGAGUUAUCAUCUCCUUUGCCAACUAUUGAAGUCUAUGUCACUGGUUGCUUCUCGGGAACACCCAUCAUCUUAACCAAGACGCUACAGCUUGGUUUCAGAAAGAAGCACAACAGAGCGAGUGCAUUAGAUUCGAUCCCAGAGUAUGAAACCGGUGAGCCUCAGAAAGGCAACUCAUCUGAGCUUGACUUUCAGUUCAACUCAUUGAAUGCUAUAUACCUAAGAUAUGAGUCAUCGUGGUCAUGCAUGCUCUAUAGUUCAACAUCUACAUACACUGUUACUGAGUUCUUUGCACUGUUUUGUCCCAAGUAUGAGAGUUUGUCUUCUUCUUCUGUGCAGGUAACAGAAUACGGAGCCUACAAACAAGAUUAUGAUGGAGAAUACGGCGACAUGUAUAUGAGAAGAGAAUAUACAGAUGGUGAAGAUGGAGAGAUGUCGUGGUUCAAUGCCGGUGUUAGGGUUGGUGUGGGAAUUGGUCUUGGUGUAUGUGUAGGUCUUGGCAUUGGGGUUGGCCUUUUGGUGCGUACCUAUCAAUCAACCACCAGAAACUUCAGAAGAAGGCUUAUCUAG